AUGGAUGACCCAGAGAAUCAUGACGUCCACAUUCCUGUCAAGACGAAGUUGUUUGUCUAUAUCUCCCACUGUUUUACCACAAUGGGUGCCCGGAUGUGGUGGUUCGGUAUCGGGUUGUUUCUUGUCGAGGUCACCCCACAUUCGUUACAGCUCACUGCCCUAUAUGGGUUCAGCAAUGGUGGCGCCAUGCUCCUAUUGGCUGCAGUCAUCGGGGACUGGAUCGACAAAUCCAACAGACUGAAGGCUGCACGUGUCGCCCUCAUUCUCAAUAACAUCAGCAUUUCCAUCUGCUGCGUUGUCAUAUUCUUCGUCCUAAAGUACCGACCCGUGAUCGAGGCUGCUUGGGAAGACUCCCGACUCCUCACUCUAUGUUUCGCGAUCGUCGUUAUCAUCACCAUUUUCGCUAACCUGACUAACCUUGGUCGUGUUCUCAUCAUGGAGCGAGACUGGAUUGUGGAGAUCUGUCAGCGAGACAAGGCCACUAUUGCAACAAUGAGUGCGACUUUCCGCUUCAUUGAUUUGUGCACCAAGGUCGUUGCUCCCUUAGUAACAGGACAGAUUAUGACAUACGGUUCUCACCUAUACGGUGCCAUUUUUAUUGCUGGAUGGAACAUCGUUGCUGUGUUCGCAGAGUAUUAUCUAAUCUGGAAAAUCUACACAUUGGUUCCAGCUUUACAUUCAAAAUCAUCCGCCGAUAAGCAUGAAUUUAAAGACGAGAGCAAAAUGAUCAUAUCUACACACCAUGCUGACAAAGAAUAUCACAAUCUCCCAUCACGUGAUGUGUCCACGAAGGAACCGGUGGCAAAUACGACACCGAGCGUUGAGAUCUACGACAUCGCACCAGCAGGUGACACAACACCUAACGUCGAAAAACAGGAACUGGCACAGGUCAGUGACGCAAACGAGGCAGGUUUCACAUUAAACACAAAAUCUGGCGUCGAGAAACAGGAUCUCACAUCAGGCGACAAUACCAACGAGGGAGGUCCGAAGUUAGAUAAUCUACCUCGAAUCGAGAUCCACGACCUCACAUCGGACGGCAAUACAAACGAGGGAAAUUCCUCGCCAAAAACAGAUCAGAACAUCACGCAAACAGUCCAUAGUGAGUUAUCUACAACAACAAACGACCCACAGGGGACAGAAAUUAAUUCAACAUCAUACCAAGCACAGGAGAGAAGCAUUUCACCCAACCCGGAGAAAAAUAAUUUUGAAUCAACCGAUAAUAAGGUCAACUUUGGGGUCUACGGGAAAGAUUCUUCGAACGAUAUAAUUCCUCAUUCUGAUCAGCAACUAACGACGAAAGAUGUAGAGGCUGGUGAGAAGGCGGUAAGUGAUAAGAUCGGUAUGUCUUCACAGCCACAAGAAGAGGAAGAAAAGCGGAGUAGUCUGUCAGCACAGCUGUGUCAUAGUUUAAUAUCACUAUACCGAGGAUGGAAAACGUAUAUGAAAUAUGACGUAUCGAUUGCUGGAUGGUCGCUGGCGUUUCUGUACUUCACUGUCCUAGGGUUCGACAAUAUAACAAUAGGAUAUGCCACCACGCAGGGUAUGUCGGAGUCCUUAGUAGGUAUUCUCAUCGGAUGUGCAGCUGUGUUUGGUAUCCUUGCCUCGAUAUCCUUUCCCAUCCUACGGCGCAAGUGUGGCCUGGUUAGAGCUGGAACUAUAGGUUUGAGCUGGGAGGUCGGCUGUCUUUGUCUCUGUAUUGUGUCACUUUGGAUGCCCGGAGGAACAUUUGAUCCAAACAAAGAGUUGACCAAUCAAGACCAAAUAAUCCAAGGCAACUGUACGAAAUCCGCCGAAAUCAUACCCGGGACUCUGGUAUCAUCUGUUGUGUUGGCGGAACCUCAUGUUAAUAUGACUUUGGAAUCCCUGGCCGAGCCAGAGUUUGACAUGACGUCAUUAUGUAAUUACACCACGGAUGUUAAGGACACUCUUCCCAAGUCUAAAGCCUCCAUCAUCAUGUUACUGAUGGGUAUUGUGGGGGCUAGAUUUGGUGUCUGGCUGACUGACCUUGCCAUUACGCAGCUGUUUCUAGAAGCCGUCACAGAGACUGAGAGAGGAAUCGUCAACGGAUUUCAGUCUUCUCUCAACAAACUCAUGGACAUGUUAAAGUUUAUCAUGAUAAUUUUCAUCCCAGAUCCGUCCAUGUUUGGUUAUCCGGCUGUCGUAUCAUUCUGCUUCAUUUUCUCAUCUUGGCUGUUGUACACAAGAUUUUCCAAGAAGAGGACCGGUAAUUUGUUAUAUGGCAAGAACAGUUAUACAUUAAAUACAAAAUAA